GAACGACGUCCGAGCUACGAGUGCCGAGUACCGAAACCAGCAGCGUAGCAUCGACCCCAAGAUCGAGGCUCGUAUCUGUGUGCGGUGUGCAAUUUGUGCCGAAACCAGAAACCCGCAGAAGGAAUUCAGUGCCGACAAAACAAGACACACAUUAAGAUAGAAAGGAAGUAAAACAAAAUAGCAAAUCAAAAUGACGAUCAACGAGCGAACGUCCUUGCUCCCGAAGGAGUACCAGAAAGCGUACAGCAUCGCGAUGCCGCAGGACGACGUGAACAAUAAUGUCAGUGCGAGCCUCGACAGUGGCGUCCUAAGUGUGUAUGACAGCUACGCCCUAACGAAGGAUGAACUGAACAAGUACAUCACCGAUCCGUGGUGGGUAAGGAUGCGUUAUGGGUGUUUCGCGACCUGCUGGAUCGUCUGCCUGGUGGCAUUGGCCAUCUCGCUCUACAUUGCCGUCGAUGCCAUGCUCCACGAUCAUUGUGGUGUGUCACACGGCAACGACACCCUUGCUCAGACAACUCUGCUGCCCAGCAGCACAAGCUCCACACCAUCUAACCUGCCCGGCGUGGACACCAGUACGCCUCUACCAACGAUCGUGUUCACGCUGCUGAACCAGCUCGCCUCGUAGAUCGCAGCCGGACCAGCAUGUCUACUGCACAACCCCACUGUGAUCCCCGACGAUACGUGAUCUUCAGUCCGUGAAGAGGAGACACGUCACGGCGGUGCACUUAUUUAUUGCCACCAUCCUAUCCACAUCCACGCAGAGAUUGUAGGCGGUCAUAUCGCGUUGCAUCGAGUGCACCGAUCACGUGUUCGAUCGGGCAGCGGAAGGACCGGAAACGAUAGCGCACGCGCGCUGCGACGGUGUCGGAUCAAACCGGUAUAAUUGACUUGACUCGAGGGCAGCCCUUGGAAGCGAACGCAAUGUUCUACGGGGCUGGUGUAGCAACCGCAGGAAUGCUGGAACGCUUUUUCGCUGCUGUCCUCACCAUUUAGCGCUAGAUGUACCCGACAGGGCGUCUUACACAUCGCCACAUUCAUAGAGUGUAGCGGUGCUGCCUUGACGUGACGUGAUCGACACGGUUGGUCGACUAAUCUAUAUCCGACUCGCAUUACUAUAAUCGAUGU